AUGAGUAUAAAAUGCAGUCAAUUUUAUGGAUUAACAUCAUACAGCAAAAUGUUUUCCAAAGCAAUCGUGUUCUUUGCUCUCCUAACAGUGGUGAUCGCUGAGAGGCCCCGAAUUGGUCUCCAGAUGCCGAUUUCGGCACAAGUGGUUGGAGGUGAAGAAGCACCGAAAAGACAUUAUCCGUUCAUAGUUUCCCUUCAAAUGUUUGACUCUCAUUUCUGCGCUGGAUCCAUCAUAAACGAAAAAUGGGUUGUAACAGCAGGACACUGUGUUAAUACAGGUUCUUCUUUAAAUUUUCUUCGCAUUAAGGCCGGUAAGCACAAUAUUAAAAAAAACGAAAGCACCGAACAGAUAGUUCAAGUGGCGCAAGCUUACAUACAUGAAAACUAUGAAAAUGGUGUUGGUCCAUAUGACAUUGCUCUGCUUAAACUUGCGUCUCCAUUAAAGUUAACGGAAGAAAUACAAGCCAUCGAAUUACCACCGCCAGAAAGUGAACCAACUGGAGAGGCAUGGCUUUGUGGAUGGGGCUCCAUUUCGACUGGCCAUUAUCCAAUAAUGCCAGAUAAACUUCAGCAUGUUAAGAUGGAGUACCUCGAUCUCAUUACUUGCCAUGAAACCAUUAAACGUUUAAUAGGAUAUUCUCCCGUUCAUGAAACUAAUAUCUGUACUGGGCCACUGUACGAUCAAAUCUCAGCAUGCAGUGGAGACUCCGGUGGCCCUCUAAUUUCACGUAAUGGACAAAAACCGGUUCUUAUUGGAAUUGUAUCUUGGGGUAUUAUUCCAUGCGGUAGUGAAGGAGCGCCAUCCGUAUACACCAGAGUAUCUAGUUUCAAUCAAUGGAUUGAGAAGAAAAUAAAGAGACCUAAAAUCGGUCUUCGGAUACCGCCUAUUUUCCCACCUUUUACUCACUCGAUUUCGUCACAAGUGGUUGGAGGUGAAGAAGCAGAAGUAGGAAGUUAUCCGUUCAUAGUUUCCCUCCAAAUAUUCUCCCAACACUUUUGCGCCGGAUCCAUCUUGAACGAAAAAUGGAUUAUAACAGCAGGGCAUUGUAUUAACAACGUUCCUAUUUUAAGCAUUCUUCGCGUCAAGGCUGGAAAGUACAAUCUUAAACUUACAGAGAAUACCGAACAGACAGUCAAAGUGGUGAAAGCUUAUGUACAUGAAAAUUAUAAACGUGGUGUAGGUCCAUAUGACAUUAGUUUACUUAAGCUUGCAUCUCCGUUGAAGUUGAACAAUAACGUACAAGCCAUCGAAUUAGCACCUCCAGAAAGUGAACCAACUGGAACGGCAUGGCUUUGUGGAUGGGGCUCUAUCUCGACUACCAAUUAUCUAAUAAUGCCAAAUAAACUUCAGCAUGUUAAGGUGGAGUACAUUAAUCGCACUACUUGCCACGAAUCCAUCAAACGUCUCACGGGAUUUUCUCCCGUUCAUGAAACUAAUGUCUGCACUGGGCCACUAUACAGUAAAAUCUCAGCAUGCAGUGGUGACUCCGGUGGUCCAUUAAUUUCGCAUAACGGAAAAAAAUCGGUACUUACUGGAAUUGUUUCUUGGGGUAUUUUACCAUGUGGUACUUUAGGUGCGCCCUCCAUAAUAAUAGUUUGUCAGUGCACAGACGCACCCGACAAGAAAAGUAUAAAAUGCGGUCUAUUCUAUUUGGAAUUGUCAUUAAACAGCAAAAUGUAUUCCAAAGCUAUUGUGUUCUUUGCUUUCCUAGCCAUGGCGGUUGCUAUACAGCCUCAAAUCGACUUCCAGAUGCCACCUAUCACGUCGGAUUCAACUCCGUUUGAGAUUCGUGUAGUUGGAGGUAAACCAGCUACGAAGGGACAAUACCCGUUUAUAGUUUCCCUUCAACAAGCGAGAGGCCGUCAAUCUCAGCAUUUCUGCGCCGCAUCCAUCCUGAACGAACUAUGGGUUCUAUCAGCAGCGCAUUGUGGUGACGGAAUUUCCGCUAGCCGUAUUAUCGUCAAGGCUGGUAAAAAUGAUCUUAAAAUUAAGGAGGCUACUGAACAGACAGUAAAAGUAUUAAAAGUGUAUAUACAUGAAGCAUAUAAAGGUGGUAUUGGCCCAAAUGACAUUGCUCUGCUUAAGCUUGCAACUCCAUUGAAGAUAAAUAAGUACGUACAUGCUAUCACAUUAGCUCAACCAAACAGUAUACCAACUGGAAAUGUAUGGCUUUGUGGAUGGGGUUCUACCUCGACUACCACUAUUCCAAUAAUGCCAGAUAAACUUCAACAUGUUAUGUUGAAUAUUAUGGAUCUUAAAUCUUGCAAUCAAAGCGUUAUUAAAAUGACGGGAUCUUCUCCUAUUGAUGAAACCAAUAUCUGCACUGGAUCACCAGACAGAAAAUCCUCAUGCAGUGGUGAUUCCGGUGGUCCACUAUUUAAGAUUAUUGAUGGAAAACCGAUACUUGUUGGAAUUGUAUCUUGGGGUAUGAUACCUUGUGGUAUUCGAGGUGCACCAUCCAUAUAUACGAGAGUAUCCAAAUUUAAUAAUUGGAUUGCGCACAAAAUUGCAAUAAUAAUGGCUUGUCAGCGUACAGAUGCAUCCGAUAAGAAAAGUAUAAAAUGCGGUCUGUUUAUGGGAUUGUCAUUAAACAGCAAAAUGUAUUCCAAAGCUAUCGUGUUUUUGGCUUUCCUAGCUAUGGCGGUCGCUGUGCGGCCCCAAAUCGACAGACAGAUGCCACCUGUCAGGCCGCAUUUAUCUUCGUUUCAGACUCGUGUAGUUGGAGGUGACGAUGCGCCAAAAGGAAUGUACAAAUGGAUUAUUUCCCUUCAAAUGAGCAGCUUCUUUUUGCUUCCUCCCCAACAUUUCUGUGGCGCAUCCAUCCUGAAUAAAGAAUGGAUUUUAACAGCAGCACAUUGUGCUGCUGCAGCUUCCGGAAAAACUGUUAUCGCCAAGGCUGGAAAAUACAAUCUUAAAAAUACGGAGCCUACCGAACAGGUAGUAAAAGUGUCGAAAAUGUACAUACAUGAAAAAUAUAAAGGUAAUGUUAGCGGGAAUGACAUUGCUCUGAUGAAGUUGGCUACUCCAUUGAAGUUCAAUGAGUAUGUACAACCUAUUGCAUUGCCAAAAUCAAAUAAUGAACCAACUGGAGACGUAUGGCUUUGUGGAUGGGGCUCUACCUCGACUACUAGUUAUCCAAUAAUGCCAUCUAACCUUCAACAUGUUAUGAUGCAUCUCAUCGACCGCAAAUCUUGCGACGCAACGUUCACUGAUGUGAUGGGAUCUCCUUCUCCUGUUGAUGAAACCAAUAUCUGCACUGGGCCAUUAUCGCGCAAACCAAACUCCGCAUGCAGCGGUGAUUCCGGUGGUCCACUAGCCUCCUUUAAGGAACAAAAAUGGGAGCUUUGUGGAGUUGUAUCUUGGGGUAUGAUGCCUUGUGGUAGUCCAAACAUGCCAUCCGUAUUCGUUAAAGUAUCUCAUUUCAUUGAUUGGAUUACAAAAAAAAUGCAAGAUGGAUAAUGAUAAU